GUUGACUCUAAUAUGGCGGCCAAAACAAAAGAGAAAUUUCGACCUGUGGAUGUUUUUUGGUCAAAUGGUAGUAAUCCAUUACAUAUACUUUCUCUAAAGAAAACUACCACUAGAGAAUUAAUUUUGUGCGAAGGAGAUGGUUAUGAGCGAUGGAUAUCAAACGGUAUACAAAAGAAGGAAAAAAAACUGUCUGAAGCGGAUUAUUCAAAAGCACCGUAUCCAAAGAAAACAUCCAAGGUAAAGUCAAAGAAAACGUCGCCCAUUAAAAAAAAAUCCCCAACAAAACCAACCAAAGGAGAAAUAUCUAUUCAUGAACAAGCUACUUUAAAAGAUUUAAGGCCAGAAGAUAAGGAAAGAAUAUCAAACUUAAUAAAAGAACUUGCCAGAUUAGGCAGUGAAAAAGAAGUUAUACAGAAGCAAUUAGAAGAAGAUCGUUCUGAGUUUGAAAAGAAAAGAAAUGAAUUAUUCAAAGCUCAUGGUGCUCUACUAUCGGAAAGAAAAGAAAUUCAAAAACAACUUUUAAAAAGCCAGACUUUACUAGCAAAGUAUCAAGAAUUACUUUUAAAACAACAAGCCAUAAAACGUCCUAAAAAUUCCGCCCAAGAAAAAGAAGAACUUUUUGUAGAUAAUGAAGAAAAUCUUUGUGCUAAACCUCCACCUCAUCAACCUCCAAUUGCUUCCUCUCUUAAUCAACCUUUAACUACUCAUCCUCCCCUUUCUUCUUCUUCUUCUUCGAGGCCAUUCACAGAAAAAUUAGACAUCAUUCUAAAAGAAGACGGACCCAAUCCGUCAAUAGAAAAGCGCAAUAGGAAAUUUCCUCGUCCUCCUUUAAUGUCUUCAACUAAAUUUAGUGAUAUAACAUCUGCUGGAAGCACACCAUCGAGGCGGAAAGUUGAUGUGGUAACAACAGAAGAAAACUUUAUUAAGAAUUUAGAAGAUUCCGGAAGUAAACUAAGAGAAGAGGCGGAAAUCGUCAAUUUUUCUGAUCUAAGUAAAAAAGAGGUAGGGAAAAAGUCUAAAUCAAGUCCGACAAGGGUAAAUAAAAAGCAUUCGGCGGAUCGUCUUAAUGAAAAGCUUACCGAACAAGAUACUACAAGUUUAUCAUCAAUUGACAAUAAGGUAAAGGAAAAAGCCGAAAGAUCUAGCUCCUCCUCCGUCAGAUUUAAUUUGGCGGCCGCUGCACCAUCUCCUGAAAAAUGUCAAACAGAAAUGGAUAAAAAGCAUGAAGAAUUUCUAGAAGAAGAGAGAAGAUUAAAGGAAAUUCUUUUCGAACAAGAGAAACUUUUAGAAGAGAAAAAGAAUCAAUUAAAAAAUCAACAAAUGAUUCAGAAAGCUAGAUUGAAAUAUUUUGAAAAAACUGGUACAUUCCCAUCAAGAUGUUCCCUAACGGACAAUUUAAACGAUGUUAUUGACUCAUUAAAUAAGGAUAGAGUAUACGAUUAUAAUUCGGAAGAUGAGGAGAAAAAUUUGAAAUUCCUAAAAGAGAGAGGAAUAGAAAUUAAAAGGAAGCCAGAUAACCAAAAAUUACUAACAAGCGACGAAGCAGCUACUCUAUUAAAUAUUGUUGGAGAGUUACGCGAAUGUCCAUCUACUGACAGUUCAAUUGAAGAGGAACCCGAUGAUAAAGAAUUGAUUAGUGAUAUAUUCUUCAUUCGAUGA